UCAGACUCAGGCGCUCAGAGCAAGCUGGAGGAGUCUGAGUGGUGUUGAAGUCUGAAGACUGAAUGACGGCUGGAGCGCAGCGCACAUGUGAAGCUGACCGAAGCGGAGAUGAUGAACAGCGGCACAGACAGGUGACCGAUAACCGGACACGAUUCAAAAUGAGACGGACCACCUGAGCCGCGGUUCAGGUGGACGCUUUGACAGACUGACAGGGAAGAUGUUUGCCGCCACAGAAUGUGUUUUACUGAGAUUCAGAGACCGAGACUGCCGUUGAACCUUCACAAGAGUCCAGUAGGAUAAACCUAAGAAGAAGAAAAAACGAAUGUUUCCUGAAAUGUCCUGUCAUACGUUUGGCGACUCUGGCGCGUAAAGACCAAACCGCAGCCGAGCGCGCAAGGUGUGCGCACACUUUCAGGUCGCACCUAGUCUGACCUUCCUGCGUUAUGCUGAAUGGACCCACCUUCCACCGCUACGUCCCGAUGCGACUGGUCGACCCGAGGCACCUCCCGCAACUGAUGUCCCUGGAGGACCAUGAGCCCACCAUGGCGGGAGGGACCCUGGAGCCGCGCAACUCCACAGCGGCGUCGAGCGAGGAGGGAGCCCCGGGUCAGCAUCAGCACUCCUUCCCAUGGGUGGCUACCGUGCUUGCCGGCGUCCUCAUCACAACCAUCGUGGUGGAUGUUAUCGGGAACCUGCUGGUGAUCGUGUCCGUGUUCAGGAACAGGAAGCUCAGGAAAGCAGGCAAUGCCUUUGUGGUUAGCCUGGCCUUUGCUGACUUGGUGGUCGCCAUCUAUCCGUACCCACUGGUCCUGACCGCCAUCUUCCACAAUGGCUGGAUCGCAGGCUACAUCCACUGCCAGAUCAGCGGCUUCCUCAUGGGCCUCAGCGUCAUCGGCUCCAUCUUCAACAUCACCGGCAUUGCGAUCAACCGAUACUGCUACAUCUGCCACAACCUCAAGUACGACAAACUGUUCUCCAGCAGCAACACCAUGUGCUACGUGAUGCUCGUCUGGACGCUCACCAUCCUAGCCAUCGUGCCCAACUGGUUUGUGGAGUCGCUGCAGUACGACCCGCGGGUGUACUCCUGCACCUUCGCGCAGUCGGUCAGCUCGCUGUACACCAUCACGGUGGUGGUGGUGCACUUCAUUCUGCCGAUGAGCAUCGUCACCUACUGCUACCUGCGCAUCUGGAUUCUGGUGAUCCAGGUCAGGCGGAGGGUCAAGCCGGACUCACGGCCUAAAAUCAAGCCGCACGACCUUCGCAACUUUCUCACCAUGUUCGUGGUGUUCGUGCUGUUCGCCGUAUGCUGGGCGCCGCUCAACCUGAUCGGCCUGAUGGUGGCGCUGGACUCCAGGCUGAGCCGGGCCAUACCCGAGUGGCUGUUCACUGCCAGCUACUUUAUGGCGUACUUCAACAGCUGCCUCAACGCCGUCAUCUACGGCGUGCUGAACCACAACUUCAGGAAGGAGUACAAGAGGAUCGUCCUGAUCAUCUUCAAGUUUCACUGCUGAGAUGAAACGCUGAGAGCAGACACAAUGAGCGGUGCUUUCUAACAUUACUCCCACGAGAAGACAAUUAAAAAGCCAUGAGCAAAAUAAAUAAAAGAAGACGAGAAGUUCAGAAAAACAACACUGUGAAAAGGAAGAAGCAGGAACAUGUAGUUUGGAGAAGAAACACUGUGGAACUUUGAUAGCUGUAGGGGAAGAAGAGGAUAAAGAUGAAGUAGAAUAAAUGACGCCAUACUGAGAGUCGUCAGUGCUGCCUUCAGGGAAACCGAGACUUUUUAAAAAUGUAGCGAGUCACGCAAAGACCACAGAUUGGAAGUAACUCUUAGUAAUUUGUCUCCUCAUGACUGUCUUUGGUAAGAGGGUCAUUAGCUGUUGUUGAAAUUUGAAGCUUAUCGACUUCUCAUGUGUUUUUAACCAGCAUCACAAUUCAUUUAAAUGUCGGAAUAUCAAAACAUCGUGUCCAUUCACCUCUGCCUGAUUAAUUUUUUAACGCAGAACAUGCUGCUGGACUUCUCCAAAACUGUGAGUUUGAAUGGUAAAAUGUGGGUAAAAAAAUACUAAAAUGUGUGCUCCUGGGAGAGAAAAACAGAACAAAAGCAUAAAAAAAAAAAAUCAAGAUUUGCAUUUCCAUGCUGUAGUAUAUACUUUAACAUUUCUUGUCUUUGGGGUGAAGACAAAGGGCAACAAAAGAAUAAGACUUGAAAGGACUAAUUUUAAAUAAUUUACUAAUGUUCAUUUGCAGAAAAAAAACAUUUUCAAUAGGAAAUAGAACUUUUUAAGCUGUUUUAUAUUUUACAAGUAUUAAAUGCAACAGAAGUGUGUCUGCUCGGCAAUUUAACUUCAGAUAUAAAUUAUUACAAUGAACGAUUUCAGAAAUCCAAUUCCACAACUUAAAACUCAAGUAAACACACAGGUGCCUGUUUUAAUACUGGGUUUUAAACGCGGGUUUUUGGGUUUUACCCAAGGCCUUUCUCUUAAGGGGACAUGUCCACAAGAACUUCAGAUCGAGGAGGUUUUGGUGUACAACCAUCCUGUAGGAUUGUAUGACCACCUCUGUAGGUCUUAUUGGGCAAUGAGCUUGUUUCCGGAUAUGUUAAAGCAAAGAUAAAAAAUAAAAACAGGCAUUGAAUAAAAGGACAUUUACAUGUAAUAGACUAUACAUCAGAUGGAUUAAGCCUUUAACAUAAAAAAAUGGCACAUUUAUUUUAUAUACAUAGAACUAUUCCAGUUUUCACCAAUAGCCAAGCUACAAACAAGCUGCAAACAUCUAUUUUUUUUUUUCUAGUUUGGGCUGCAUUGGCUGUAGCUCUUCUAUUUCUUCUCAGCAGUGCCACAGAAAUCGACCAGCCAAUUUGCCUUUUUAAUUGAACAUAAAUGUUGCAAAUCUCACCAGCUUUGUGAAAUAUAAACCAAAUAUUAGAAUAGCUUCUGGCCUAGAGUGUUGGCUUUUGAAAAUAAGAGCAUGCCAAACUUUUUGGGACAUUUCAAGUCUGUUGGACAAAAACAGGUAGCAACAAGGCCACCUUUAAAAGACCUGGACAGACUGUUCUUAGAACCCUUUCAACAAACAAUGGAUAUGCAAUACUUCCCUAAAUAGACAUAAGAUGCGAUUAUGGUUCAGCUAUCUUGCAAAUAUGCAACGCUGUAGAGCGGUUACAACUUUAUCUGGAUGUCUCUGACAUCUGGAUAUCAGUAUUUGCUUUACCCAGCUGUGUGGUAGUCUGGGGUAUUAGAUAGAAUAUGUUUAAUAAGGCAACAAAGUGUCUGUGUAGCUGUAGGAUGUUCCAACAGCCCAAUUGUUCCUGCUCCCCUUUUGGAUGGUUUAGUUGGGUCCCUGGAUCUGUCCCACCAGACAAGUGAAGCCCGCAGCUGUGUUCUUGUGCCAAAACUCUUAGUUCAUGAACAUUUUUGCUCAUGGGAUGUUUCCAUUUCUGCCUGUAGCCUUCCAUCCCAGUCAUCUGAGGAUUCUCAGUUUGGUUUUCUGAGGUUCCUGGAUCAGCUUAUAACAUAUCACCCUUGUAACAUGGCUAGAACCAACUCUGUCAGAGCAAUACAUUAGCGAGAGCACAGAACCCUUUCAAACGCGCCAUUGCGUGGUCCCCAAUGGCUCAAUCCAAAAGGAGGUACUAGGGGUAGUGAAAUUAUAAGUAAAAAUCUGUAUUUCCUGUCGUGAACAGAUGACAUUUUGCAGUAAACUGUUU